UCGGUCCUUGUAGGGAUUUUAUUAAGGAUUACCUAUAGUCUUUUGACAUCACCCAAGCGAACGGACCUGUUUUUUAACGGUUCGUUCAUAGGGUAAGAGGGAGAAAAAUCUUCAAUGACUGCUAAGGCAAGAUGUCCUCACUCUCGGGGUUAGGUAAAGGUGACAGAGGAAGGGGAAAGUACAAAUCUAUAGAUAUAAAUACCCUGUAUCAAGGCAAAAGUGUACCAGCACAAAAAUCUACCGUUACUCGUCAGCAUGGGUUACAAAGCCUGGGUAAAGUGGCAAAUGUGCGGCGCAUGCCGCCUCCGGCCAACUUACCAAGUUUGAAAAGUGAAAACCUCGGAAACGACCCAAACAUCACUCUUGUUCCAACUGGAGGAUCAGGAUGGGGCACAAAGGAGAAAGAGCAGGAGAAGCAGAACACCAGUACGAAUCAGCAGCCAUCGUCGCAGCCGCAGCAGGCUACCACACAGUCAUCGGGGCAGAACGUCAGCAGUCAGGCAGGUGUUGCUGGGGGCACAAAUAUUGCAGCAACAUCAGUAUCAACACCAACAACAACAGCAGCAGCAGGGGCAACGGGCAAGCCAUCAUGGAGCAGUGUAACAGUUGGGGACACAGCAAAGGGCAAUGUUGUCAGUCACCAAUCACCAAUGUUUCAGGAGGAGUUUCCAACGUUAAAAUCAGCAGAGGACAAAAAAGAUGGCAAGAAAGAAGACGAACCACCUUCUCAGGUUGUUACAAAAGAUUUACCAUAUGGACCAGGGCCAAGUUUACGACCUCAAAAUGUCGGGAGUUGGCGAGAAGGAGGAGGACGUGGCGCUAUGCAGCAGCAGCAGCCCAAACCAGACACACCAUCAUCUCAGUCUUCUCCACAGCCAAGCCAGACAGAAACACAACAGAAUGGCCCCCCGACGUCCGGUGGCCCACCACCUUCCAGUGGGGCUGAAAGCCCUGGGACCCAGCAAGCGCCACCCAGGCCUGGGUCCAACCAAGGUCCUGGUACUCAGGGGCCAAUGCCCAUGGGGCCACACAUGGCCAUUCCCCCACAGUAUAGGAUGAUGCCACCCUAUAUGUAUGGAAGAUUUCCACCAGGGUACCCACCAAACUAUUCAGGAAUGCCACGACCUCCUUACCCAUAUGACUCAAGAUUCAGACACCCCGGGCCAAUGCAGAUGCAACAGAGGCCUCCAUUAGACAGCAGUGAAGAAGGAUACAAGAGGCCCCCGGUUAUCACGGACAAAGACCUGAAAAGCUUUGACAACAUGAGAUUGGACAAAAGUGAUGAGGGCUGGGCUGGUGCCCAGGGAGACAUUGACUACUCAGAAAAACUUGUGUUCAGUGAUGACGAGGACAGCAAUGAAGGCAGACGUCGAGAGAAAAAGAAGCAGCAGGAGCAGCCUGACCACUCUGGCAAAGCUAAGGCAAGUGGUGAUAACGACGAGGAAAAGGACAGAGAUGAAAUGUCCAAGGGGGAACAUGGUCCACCUAUGUCUAGAGAAGCUUGGAGCCAAGGACAGAUACCACCCCAAUAUAGAGGACAACCACGACCACCACACCCAGGCAUUGAUGGGCGAUGGCAGAUGCCCCCUUAUGAUUUUAUGGGGCCACCUCCAAGGGGACCCCCUUAUCCACCACCUUAUAGGGUACCUCCUGGUGCACCUCCUCAGCGACCACCUUUCCCACAACAGCAACAACCUUCCAUGCCACCGAUGAGUUCAGCCAGUACACCCUCUCAGCAGCAACAGCAGUCUUCUGCAACUCCACAAACACCAAGUCCUGGGCAAAGUCCAAGCCCAGGUCAGGCCCAGGGCCGUGAACGAGAGAAAAAACACUCUGGUGGUGGAGAUGAGGAUGACGAGCACUGGCGUCAGAAACGUCAGCAGAGAAAUGAGGAAAUGUCUAAUGCCAUUGAGAGGGCUAGACAGAGGAGAGAGGAGGAAGAAAAGAAGAUGGAAGGAGAGCGCAAGGCAGCUGCUGCUGAAAAAUUGCGACAAUUAGAUGAAAGAACUAAGAAAAAGGAUGGAAAACUUUCAGAAUCUGACACUGAUUCACACACUGAGUCCACACAGGCAGAGUCUCAGAAGUCUGAGGGAAGGACCAGCAGGACACCAAGUGAGAGUAGUGAGAAGGAGGGACGGGAACGAUCCUACAGUCGCGAGCAUAAGUUUUCACCAGCUGAACAGCAACCAAGUAAGAGUGGAUCACGAGCAGUGCCACCACGCUUCCAGAACAAACAGCAACAGCAACAGCAGCAACCAACUGAAAACACAAUGAGGCAGCCGCAACCAACGCAACAACAGCCAGGAUCUCCCCAGCCACAUCCAGGGCAGAUGAGACCAGGUCAAGGACCUCCACCACCCUGGGGACCAUACCCAUGGCCUCCAGGAAUGCCAAUGCCAUUUAUGGAUCCAAACUUUCCAAGGCCACCAAUGCCAAUGCAAGGUAUGCCUAUGUAUCCAAUAAGAAGAAGGAAUGAUUCGCAUGGUUCUGGAACAGAUAGCCAGGACAAUGAAGGGCGCCAGGAACCAUUUGAUCGUGAUCCCAGAGCUGAUCCCAGAACGUGGAGCAGCUACUCAAUGGCACAUGGACAUCCAGGACAGUAUGAUGGGCGACCUAGUCCAUUCUAUGACCGCAUGUAUCAGGAGUAUGAACGAAACCUUUUGGACUAUAAUGACAGGAGGGAACAUGACAGGAGAGAGCGUGAAAAGCAGGAAAAGUUAAGCUAUGAUGAUGACAAAGAAUAUGAUGCAGAAGAAUCUGAGGAAUCCUCUAAGGAACCAGACCGGGAACGUCCACCCAGAGUACAGAGGGACCCAUUUGAUGAUACCCCAGAUCAGGGAGACCAUCGAGACCAUGACUGGUCACCCCAACCAAGAGAGGAGAAACCAAAGAAAGAGGAGAGGUCUAGAAAAGAAGAACAUCGCGAGAUGAAAGAUCAUGAUGCUCGAGUUUCAGAGCAUGAACAAGAACAUAAAGAAAAGAUAGAAAAGCCCACAAGGGAUCGUGAUCAUCGGGACAAAGAUCACCGUCGUGGUGAGGAGAAAGAAAUGUUUCGAAACAAGGAUGCCCCAUGGGGCCACCCCAGACAGCCUGCACCAAGUAGGAAUGAAUAUGACCGCUUUCCUGGAGUUUUACGCAGCAUGGAUGAUGGAGGAAGACAUUAUAGCAAAAGAGAACACCCCAGCUGUCCACCGCCCAUCACCCCACAGCAGUCGCAGCAGAAUAUGCCACCUAGGAGUCACUACACAUCACUGAAAAGGACUGCUUCAAACAUGUCCACUAACUCAACAAGCACAGAGCGGAAAACAGAAUCCCCAAAGGAAUCUUCUCACUCUGAGAGAGACGGCUCUAGACAGAAGUCUUCAAGUAGGGUGUAUGCUGACUCUGUAAAGGAUAAACCUGUGAAAGAAAAGCAGUCAGAAGGCAAGCCACAGAAAGAGGAGGAAAGCAGGCAAAAGCCAAGGGAAGAAGAAAAGUCUGCACGAGAGGAAAAUAGAGAACACAAAGACAAAAGUACAAGGAAGGAAGAGAAAGGUUUCCGUGAAAGGGAGGAACGCCCUUCAAGAGAUGAAAAUUCUUUCAAGGAUAUCAAACAGUAUAAAGAUGAUGAGCCACCAAGUGAUGAGCGACGUGAGAGAAUACAGAUGCAGCCACCUGCAAAGAAGAAAAGGGAUGAAGCUUUUGUGAAUGAGCGAGGAGAUCGAUACCGAAAUAAUGCUAGUAGAGGAGGACGCGAGUUCGUGCGUGGAAGAGGAAGAAGUGUUGGAAGUCGGGGAACAAGAGGAAGUUACCCUACCAGAGGAAGCAGGGGAGGAAGUUCAAGGGAUAAUAGAAGUUAUGACCGAGGUGCUGCAAGGUCUGCAGGUGGUCGUAAUGACCGUCGCCCAUUUAGCCAGGGCCGUGAUCGCUUUGGUGAAGACAACUAUUAUGCUGAGGGGGAAGAGUUGGAGGCUCCCCGGCGGCGCAGAAUGAAGGAUGAGGACAGUGAUCACUCAGAACAAAGUGAUUUUGGUACAAGUGACUCAUCUGGAGAAGUGGACAAGAGAGACAAUAACAAAUCUGGUCCAAGGGACAAAGACAGAAAUAAACGGCCUGGGUCUCGGGACAAUCGAGGUGGAAUCAGCCAACAGUUGGAUGAUCAAAGGGUUGAUGAUGGUGGUCAUAGACAGUCUCAUGAUGAUGGUGGUGAAAGAAUCCAACCUCGACGUGAUGAUAGACGUGAUGAUCGACGAGAUGACCGCAGAGAUGAUAGACGCAGUGAUGACCGUAGACAUGACAACAGGAUGAACCAAAGAAAUGGAGGAGGCUCUUUUGAACCAAGAGGAGAACCUUCCAGAAGAGGUCGUGGUGGUUCUUCUAUGCGAGGUCGUGGAGGCCGAGGACCUGGAGGAGGAGGUCCAGGUGGAGGGGGAGGAGGUGGUCCUGGUGGUGGAGGUGGACGGAUGUCAUCUGCACCCCCUGGCAGAGGGGGUUUCGGGAAGCCUGGAGACAAGGAAGAUUGGGGUGGAGGAGGAGGUGGAGGGCCUUAUCGAAAAGAAAAUAAAAGGCCCGGCCGAGAGCCACCACCACCAAGGUUUGCAAUGAAAAAAGGGCUAAAUUUAAACGAGAAGGGGAGGGGCACUGAUCGUGGUCGAGGACGCGGGAGAGGAAGAGGAGGAAGUGCCCCUCCUAGCACCAACAAUAAGCGGCCACAGCUUAGCAAACAAAACUCCUCAGACCAAGCUAAUGAAGGAAACGAAGAGUGGGAAACUGCUUCUGAAAGUAGUGGAAUCUUUGAUAAGAAUUCAAAAAACGAGUUUAAGGACAGGGAAAGAAAAGACUCCAACCCUGGUAAAAAGAGUUUCUCAAGUCAACGUCCAUUUAAUGAUCGACAAAAUAGAAAAGGAAAUCAGCAAGAUGGUGGUGGAAGGCGACAAAAUGGUGGUGUUGAUUAUAAUAAAAAUUCUGGGAAGGAAAGGUCACCAAAUCAUCUUUCAAAAAAUGGGAGUGGUCCUAGGGCUUCAAACGGGGGUCCUAGGAAACCAUAUAGCUCUAGUAAGAAAGAAAAUAUUGCCACAGUAUACAGGAUGGAUGAAGUGGUACCAAACAACCAGAAUGCUAUCAACAAUGCCAUCAACAAUCUCAAGAGUCGUCCGGGAAAGAAAUCUGACCUCACAGAUGUGUCAAAACCAUUGAAAUCAGAAGAGAAAAGAACAAGUGCAUUGGCUAAUAUUGAUAUCAACAAUUAUGCAAGUGUCGUGGUGAUUGAUGAUGCCCCAGAGGUAACCAUUGAUGAUCCAAAUUUCCUGUUUGACCGUAAUGAAGGUUUUCAAGAGGUCACCUCCAAAAAGGCAUUUAAAAGCAAACAGAAAGCUCAACAGGAGGCAGAACUAAGACAGAAACUUGUGGAAAGCAAGAAAUCUGCUGCAAAGGUUGUUGCUAAACCUAAAGGUGUAGGGCAGAUAAGUGAGAAACCAAGACAUGGCAGUAAGAGUAAGUUACCCCCACGUCUGGCAAGACAGAGGGAACAGCGCGAGAGGGAAAAGACAAAGCCAUUUGACAUGAAGAUUGAAAACUGGGAUAAUGAACUUGCAAACAACAUCCCUUCUGCUGCUGAAGCCAUGGAUCAAACAACAACUGAUGUCAAAAACGCCAUUGAACAGGUGAAUAGUGUAGCAGUAGGGUCCCCUGCCACUAUGCAACCCAUGCAUGUGUCUAUGAAUGGUGCCAUGACCCACGUUUCAGCCCCUGUCAGUGCCUGGGUGUCCAAACCUAUCAGCUAUGCUGCUGUCACAGGUGCACAAGUGUCUGCUGCCAAUGUGGAGAAUAAAUUUGACAAGGGGGAUCAACACGAUAGUGGAAUUGAUGUUAGUGACCAACCUAAUUCUGCAGGCUCUUCAACUAGAAGCUCCCCAAGUGCAGAAAAUAAAUUGAAGAUAGAUAAGAAUGAGAACAAGAUACCUGUUAUAGCAGUGGAUAUGAAAUCAAGUGAUGCCCCCAAACCACAAAGGCAACCAAAGGUUACACGCAGUGAAAAGGUCAGUGUGAAGGAAACUAUGGACAAGCCAGAUUCAAAAGUGGUGAAAAAACCUGAAAUACAAAAAGAAAAAUCACGAAAUACAACAUCAAUUGAGAAACCAGAACCAAUACAACUUCCUAGCUUCCCAUUUGGAAAGGGAGAUGAUGCAAGCGAGAUAAAGCUAGACUUCGUCUAUGAUGAUGCCCUGGCAAAGUUCCCGGAGAAAGUUGAGCCAGAGAAAGAUAUAGACAUGGUGGAACCCAACAUCUCUGUGGUGGCAAUGUCUAUUGCCAGUACAACAGUGAAUACUCAAUCUAUGGACACCACUUGUCCAACAUCGCCUGCAGCACAGGAUCUUAAUGAGAAAAUUGCAUCUGUGAAGACAUUCUGGGACCAAGUUGACCAGAUGUCUCCAGGAAUGGUCAUGUUUGAGCAGGGAAUAAAUACCUCUGGAUUGGUGAGUGCAGUGUCAACAUCAGAGACUGUAUCAGUGUCCGACUCCUUUAGUUCCUUUCCACCUGACAUGGAUACUGGGGUGAUGGUGAGCAAUGACACAGGCCUUGACCUUGACCCAGUAACCCGAGGAGACGACAACAAUAGUAGCCUGGCAACCAGUUUGUCACCUCGUGAGGAUGGACUCUCCUACAGCUCCAAUUCUGUUGAGGUCAGCGCUACCCUAGGGGACAACGGAAAGGCUAACGAACAAAGCAAUGUCUGCAAAGUGAAGCCCCAACAGCUACAGGCAUCCCUUGGUGGAGACUGCAGUAGUGGCACUAGCAGUGUGUUGAGUAACCCCUCAAGUGUGCCAAGUCCGCCAGCUUUACAGCCAAUUUUGCCCACUGUGUCUCAACAGACCUAUCAGGCCUUCCAAAUGGGAACCUCACAGCUAAUCACUCCUGAACCAAGGCAGGUACAAAACCAACCCGGUUUCGGUGGUUAUGGUUUGAGCCAACAGCAACCUCAGCUGGGACAGACAUUCUCACAGCAGAGCUUGUUUAUGCCUACAACACCGACCCAGUUGGACUCCUACCAACUUCCCCAGCUGUCUGCCUACACACACAGGAACCAGCCAGCCCAACAUCAGCCACAACACCAGCCUCAGGCUGCAUUUGGGCAAAACCCUGCUCCCCAGAAUACUAUCAUGGUGUCAUCUGCAACCUCCUCUCUCAUGUCAACAUCUAUAAAACCGCCACAAAAUGCAUAUGGGACAACUUUACAAAAGAAUAUGGGACCCAGUUCACUUCAGUUUGGACAACAGGGACUGAGUAGUAAUCUGCUCCAACCUUCACAGCAGAUCUCCUUCUUCCAGUAUGACCCCAACCAACCUUUUGGUACCAAUCAGUUUCUCGGCAACACACAGACUGCUCAGAAUGUGAACACAUCACAGAUUCUUGGCUCCCAGCUUGUUCAGCCCAGAGCUGCAGUUCAGAAUGUACCACAGGUGCAGGGAUCCUCUUCCUUUUAUCAGCAACCACAACAGAACAUUCAACAAACAAGUUUUUUCUCGACACAGCCAGGUUCCAAUAAUAUGCAGCACCUGGGAAAUGGUAAUAGGAAGAGUGGUGGUGAGCUGGUGUUCCAGGCAUGUAUUCUACAGGGUGCAAUACAACAAGCAGCUGCAGCAGGCGGACAAACCGCUGCCCAAUUCUUUGGAAACCAGUCAGCAGCAGCAGCUGCUGCUGGGCCUGGACUAAACCUUUCUCUGCAGCCCUCAGGUGGAGCUCAGCCACCCAUGGGUGUGGCCACACCUCAGCCCUCCAGUGGCUCAAAGCUGUCACAAUUUAACCCAUCACAACAGCAACAGCCACAACAGGGCUCACCACAGAGCACUCCGUUGAAAUCUCCGCCACAAACCCUAGGUCAGAAUAGUUUUGGAGUUGCACCUUCCUCUGCAUCUCAGCAGCAGAAUCAAGGCUCCAAGUUAUUCAACCUGAGUCAACUGCAGACUCCCAACACCAACCAAAGAUUCAACAAUGUGAGCUUCAACAACAACUUGCAUAACAAUAUGUCCAACAUCUCCACCAACAUGGCCAACAUGUCUAACAUGAAACAGUUUGGAGGGCAGAAGUUCAACCAGCCAUUUAUCGGACAGCCACUCCAAUCUGCAGGCCCAAUGGUGAGAUCUCCCAUGAUGGUGAAUAACUUCAGACCAAGUGCACCUCCAGUUCCUGCCACGUUUCCUAACCCCAUCCAGCGGCCUGGAGGGGUCCAGAUUCCUGGCAGUCCUCGACAACAACGCCCUCCACAGGUAGUACCCCCAGCAAGCAUUGCGGCGGUCCCUGCAUCUGGGGGAAACAACACCAUAAAAGCCCUACAGGCUAAACAGAGACAGGAGCUUCUGGCACAUGCACAGAAUUUCCUCAACCCACAGAACAAACCAAGCAUCAAGCUGAAGGCAGAGGCUUCUGUCAACGACAGUAAGAGCCCCCCUCAACCUGCUGCAUCUAUGGGGGCAGUGCCUGUGCCUAGCCCAAACUCAACAAGCACCAAGAAAGCAGAUGAGAAGGGCACUGAAAAGAAGUAACAGUUGCCUUCCAGUAAUCUUGGAGAGAUGUACUGAGCAACUAGGUUUUUUAUCAUGAAGUACUGAAUUUUUAUUUAAUUAUCAUUAACUCGUGUUUUAGUAUUUAGACUUGUUUUGUGAUAAUCUGUUGUAUGAACAGCUACAAGAUAGCACAUGGACAUUUCACAUCAAGAUUUGGAAAAAAAACUUUCUUGUGACAUUAACAUUUUGAGUAAUAUGAAACCAAGAAAAGACAUGUGUUUUGAUGAAGUUGAAAUAGAGUGGACAGGGACUAGCAAACAGAAGGAAAAAAGAAGUGUAUUCAUGGACAUUUAUUGUGACAUGGAUUGAUUGGAGGAAGGAUUGACGUGUUCACAAUUGUCUGGUACCAUCUAUGCACAUGUACCAGACAACACUUGGUGAUCAUCCAUGCUUUUGUGAUGUACAGUAGAUAUGAACAUGUAUACAUGCACCUAUGGGGAAAUCAUUAGCUUCUCGAAACGAAUAUUGCCAUAAGUAUUAUUGUAUUAUUUAUUUAUUAUAUUUAUCUGUUUUCCCAAUGGGACACGGACGGGAAUUGAGUGUUAAUAUUUUCUUCGACCCUAGUCGUAGAUUGUAAGUAACGGGCCAUGACUGCCUCAACAAUUAUACAUAUGUAUACAUACAAUGUUGAUACUGGUGUACCCCAUAGGUGGCAUAGGUAAGGAGUUUACAUACUUUUAAUUUACUAUAUAGCAAGUGCUGUAAUCUCACCUCUUGCCAUGUAAAACAAAAAAAUGGAUCUGACAUGUUCUAUUUAGUAUGCAUGCAUUGUGAAAUGGUAAUUUAGCAUUUCAAAUCACUUGUAAAUUAGCAUGUUUGCACACAAAGUAUGGGAUAGGUUAGGCACGUCAGAAAUGGAUGUAUAAAAGGCUUUGAGGGGAAGUGCUAGUUCUGUAGUAAGUUGAACUUCUUGGUCAUUUAAUGAGUAUGGAGGAUGACCAAAGAAAAGUUAGAUGUCCACCUUCUGUUAAUAAUUCUGAUAGUUACUGUAUAGACUUUAAAGUCUAGGGAAAGCUGAGCACACAGAGAUGCUGGAGAUUCGAUAUUUAGUUCAAGAAUUCAAUGAACACAAAACUUUGAGUUGUGAUUUUAACAUUUCUAGCUCAACAUUUUUAAGUGAAAAGAGGAGAUGAGGGAAAGGAGGAAAGUCAAUGAAAUUCAAACAUAAGAUUUAUGAAGAAUGAAUCUUAAAGCUACCAAAAGGCCAAACAUUUUGCCUCUGAAUUACCAAAAUGGCGAACAUUAUCAGUUUGGAGUUGGUUUUAAUUUAGGUAUACGUUGUGUCGUAUGCAAGAUACCUUGGGAUGAAUUUGUGAUGGUUACUGCAAGAUGCCCCGAUCACCAGUCUGUCCGUGCUGCUAUUGCCCCAGUAGCCUGGCAGAUCUGGUGAAAAGAAAACUCAUUUACAUGUUAUUAAUAUAUAAAACUUCCAGCGUUACCUGGUGGACUAUGCCCCAGUCCCUUGGUGACGAUUGGACCAUUCUUACCUUACGAGUGUGACAAGGGCAAGGCCACCAUGGCUGCCCACCAUGUAAACAUGCCCUGUCCUUCACUCAGCUGUGUGUUUCAUUUUCUUCAUGGUUAGUAUUCUUUAUAGAUACCCCACCCCUUUUUUCACACGGUUCUUAAUUUAAACGAAAAGACUGAUGUCGUUUGCUAGUUUGAUAUUUAAGUAGAUGAGGAUAUAUAUGUGAAGAGCUGGUGUUUUUUUUUAAUUGUUUUUUUUUUUUUUUUUUUAAAUUCAAGGUCUUUGUGGUUGAUACUGUGGAAUUGCACAAGUUGAUGUGAAAACGGUUAGGGCACAUUACUCAGUGAUGAUGUCCUGAUUCGUUCGGUUUUUGUGUUGCAAUACUUGUGUAUGUAGAGGAGGUAUGUAAAGGUAUAGAGUUGGUUGUAUACAGGAUGGAUGCAUGUGUAUUGUAUGUACAUGCAUGUGCUGGUGUGAUAUUUUAACAGAAUUGUGAGUGGUGGUCAUCUGCUCUUCCUACUCCCAAAUGGGGCGAGGAGAUGUCAUUGUGCGAAGGUGAUUGACAGACAAGGUGCUAAAGCAUGUCAUGUCGGUUGUCUUAUAACAUCCAUCAACUUUCUACUCAUUUAUAUACCACAGAUUUUAUGUUCAGUUUCUAUUUGCCUCCAAAGUCAUCUGUAUGUAGCUCUGAACAAAAUAAAGAGCGCUCUGAUGUAA